CUCAGUUUUGUGAACAAAGACGAUACAAUGUCUGCUUGCCUCGGAAAUCCUGUCCAUCCUGCUCUGCAGAAUGGACUCCUGAGGUUAAAGACCUGCUUUUGUAUCGGUACUGGCCAGCUAGCACCAGCUGCCAGACGCUUUACAAAUAUGAUGUGUUCACCUCAUUGGAGCACAUGAAGGUGACAGCACCAGCCGUGUCCAGGCAGGCAUUUCUGAAAAUGUUGGAGCACAGAUCUGUUCAAGCUGGACGGACAGGUAUUAUCUGUGCUGAUACAUUUCAGCGAAGCUUCCUCGAGUUUAGCUUCUGUCAGUACAAACAAGAGGAUAUGUGCCAGGUCCAUCACUUGGUUUGUCCAGCAUGUUCUCCAGACAUGUGGGCUGUCUGCUGUGAUGGAAACCGCAAGCAUUACCGCUUUUCCAAGUCAAAAGGGACUGAGGAGCCGCCAAUCUAUGAGGGCUUGUUCCUGGCCAAGGACGAGGAAGUCGCAACAUUUGUUGACCUUGUCAGAGGCAACAUGAAAAGUGGAAAUGACAGUGCCGUCUGUGGUACUGCCAAAUUCACCGCUGGCAGAGAGAUGUGAAAAAGGUCUGGUGCCCAGAUAGACGAGCAGUUUGCAGACAUGGGUUUCUCUUACGAGGACUGAACCACUUCCGUGGAGAAAUAUACGCGUACCCAAUGUUUCUCCAAAAAGAGAUGUCCAAGAAGGCACAUGUUGACUUCUUCUGUAUGGAUGUAACAUGCAGGUACUGGCCAUACCUUCACAAAAUAGCCGAGGGAUUACCAGAGCUUCUGCCGUUGACAGAAAUGAGGCCAUUUCUUAGCGUGAUGCAUGCUAAAGCCCAUACAGCAACAUGCGAGGUGAGAGGGUGGCAGAAGUCAGGACGGGGCAGGAAACACAGUGGGAGAGGAAGUAGAGCAGGUGAACAGCUUUCUCUCCAGCUCUGGUCACAAAAUACAUGACAAAAUCAGGAAGAGUGAACAUGCUUACUCAACAGGCCAUGGGAUGGAACAGAAGGAAGAGGGAACAUGCUUACUCAACAGGCCAUGGGAUGGAACAGAAGGAAGAGGGAACAUGCUUACUCAACAGGCCAUGGGAUGGAACAGAAGGAAGAGGGAACAUGCUUACUCAACAGGCCAUGGGAUGGAACAGAAGGAAGAGGGAACAUGCUUACUCAACAGGCCAUGGGAUGGAACAGAAGGAAGAGUGAACAUGCUUACUCAACAGGCCAUGGGAUGGAACAGAAGGAAGAGGGAACCUGCUUACUCAACAGGCCAUGGGAUGGAACAGAAGGAAGAGUGAACAUGCUUACUCAACAGGCCAUGGGUUGGAACAGAAGGAAGAGUGAACCUGCUUACUCAACAGGCCAUGGGUUGGAACAGAAGGAAGAGUGAACCUGCUUACUCAACAGGCCAUGGGAUGGAACAGAAGGAAGAGGGAACCUGCUUACUCAACAGGCCAUGGGUUGGAACAGAAGGAAGAGUGAACAUGCUUACUCAACAGGCCAUGGGUUGGAACAGAAGGAAGAGUGAACAUGCUUACUCAACAGGCCAUGGGAUGGAACAGAAGGAAGAGUGAACCUGCUUACUCAACAGGCCAUGGGAUGGAACAGAAGGAAGAGUGAACCUGCUUACUCAACAGGCCAUGGGUUGGAACAGAAGGAAGAGUGAACAUGCUUACUCAACAGGCCAUGGGAUGGAACAGAAGGAAGAGUGAACCUGCUUACUCAACAGGCCAUGGGUUGGAACAGAAGGAAGAGGGGCAACCUUCAUCAAGUUUUAGCACACAGAUAUGUCAAAAUCACAGAGAGGGCAAAGGUGGAAGCUGUCAGCUUCAGCGACUUCAAAAAGGAGCACAACCUUGAUCAGGAGACCAUACAGCAGUGGGUGUAUGAUGUCAGGCAAUGGGCGGUCACAGAGAGAGUUUACGCCCCAGGGUGUACUGAAGGACUGAGGGUGGAUAUUGAGAACAUCACCGUCACUCUUUUGCGCAGGAAGCAAGAUCUGUAUCGUCAGCAUGACAGCAACCAGGCAAGGCAAAGAAAGAGGAAGAGAAUGAGAGAGCUGAAAAAGAAGCUUCGCGAAAAAGUUGUGCAAUACAACACCGGAGUGCAGGAAGAACAGAUUGACGAGGAGUUGGCUUGCAGUCUGACAGAGGGCUACACCCUACCAUGGGAGAGGCAUGCAAAUGGCAACACCUUCAGGUUGAAGAGGUCUGUCUUUGAGCAGGUAAUGCUGGUCAGACGUUUGGAGGAGGAGCAGAGCAUCCUGGUGAGAGAGAUGUCGCAGCACAUCAUGUUCCUUCUGAAGGAAGUGCAAGAAGUGGAAGCACUGAGAGGACAGACUUUGGAGGGCAUCACAACCAGCAAUUUCGGUGACCUGACAGAGGAUGCUGCACAUGGGCUCAAGAGUGUCCUCAGUCGGAGGUGGCACUUCCUCCAAAGCCAACACAAACAGGCUGUACAUGCGUACAGCGGUGUAGCCGCUUUGGAAUGCCAUGAUCUUCAAUUACAGCAGGACAUUGAGGAGUCGGAUGACAAUGACUACACUAGCCCUGAGUCUGAGGAAGAAGACCUGUAAAGGUUUCUGCCAAGCAACACAGAGGCACUGGAGAGCUCUUUCACAAGGGAGGUGUCACGUCCACACGCUGGCGCACGCCAUAAUAAAGGCCUACAAAAUAAAGACAUUUUAAAACACUAUAUAUGAGAACAAUAUGAAACUAUGCACUUGUUUCGCCCGACUGAGUUCAUAAUAAUGUGAAAAUGUGUUUAUAUUUUGUACUUCCGUUUAUUUAAAGCGCUUUGACUUGCUGAUGUGUAUGGAAAUAAAUUGCCUUGCCUUUAUAUUAAACUGCCUCUUAUUACUCAAA